AUGACAUCUUCAUCAGGAAUUAAAGAAGAACGAACCUCGUGUGUGAAAAAUGGUGAGCUCUUUAGCAUAUACUCCAAGCCGGAAAAAAUACUGGUGGCCGCUUUGGUAUCAGUAGCCGCUAGCUUUUCGGGAUUUGCAUCCAAUAUCUAUUUCCCUGCUCUCCCAACGAUUGCAGAAGAUCUGGCGGUUUCUAAUGAGCUUGUAAAUUUGACGGUAACAACCUACAUGAUCUUUCAGGGAAUCGCGCCCACUUUUUGGGGCGCAAUGGCGGACGUACAUGGUCGGCGUCUCGUUUAUAUCGGUACCCUUGCGGUGUUUCUCACAGCCUGUAUUGUUCUUGCGAAUACUAAAAAUUAUGCCACCCUCAUUGUAGUUCGGUGUCUGCAAAGUUCAGGCAGCGCCAGUACAAUCGCUCUUGGAGCUGGCGUUAUUGGUGACAUUACCGUGCGAUCUGAAAGAGGAGGUUAUAUGGCAAUGUUUCUUACAGGCUCCCUAGUCCCUGUCGCAAUAGGACCAAUAAUAGGCGGUACGUUGUCCAAAUCUCUAGGGUGGAGAUGGGUUUUUUGGAUUUUGGCAAUAUACUGUGGGGCGUUUAUGCUAAUUUUGAUUUUGAUACUACCGGAAACCCUCAGAUAUUUGGUGGGAAACGGCUCCACAAAAGUUGAAGGCUUCAAGAAAUUUCCUCUUGUAUUUUAUCAAUUGAGAUACCAGAAACGGUCCGGAAUAAAAAUUCAUGAGCCCGACUCCAGCCAGGCGCACACAAAUAAAGUUAGUUUACUGGGCCCUUUGAAGAUAUUUUGUGAUCAAAAAGUGCUCUUUGUGAUUACUUUUCUUUCCCUGCACUACACAGUUUGGCAGAUGAGUAUCACAAUUCUUUCAAGUCUCUUCAAAACCAUUUACGGACUCGACGAAACAAAAAUUGGUCUCACAUUUAUCGCGAAUGGGAUAGGUUCCAUCUUGGGGACUUUGCUGACGGGAAAAAUCUUGAAUUUCGACUAUAAAAAUUACCAAGCCAAGCAUGCAGAUCGACCAGUGGUUAUUCGUCACGUCAGACUUCGCACGGUUUGGAUUUGGAGUGGAAUGCAAAUAGCGUCGAUUAUUGUCUUUGGAUGGACUUUGCAGAAAAGAGUCCACAUAUCCGUCCCGAUAAUCGCUACUUUUUUCACAGGUUGGGGCGCCGUUGCAAUCCAAAGCGUAGUGUCCACCUACCUCGUAGAUUUAUACGAAAAUAAAAGUGCAUCCGCGACUGCUGCAUUGAAUUUAGCUCGGUGUUUAUUAGGAGCUGGUGGCACAGCAGUUGUUACGCCCCUCCUUGACGCUAUUAGCAUCGGCUGGGGCUUUACGCUCCUGGCAGCGGUUUUAUUAGCCGUACUGACAGCCAACUUGUUGCAUUUAUACCUCAAAAAAGCUGAGCAAAACAAUAAAGAAGUUGAAUAA